UUUUAAGUAUAAUUUCGGAGUAAGUCAGGUCCGCUUGUAUCCGUUUAGCGUCGGUGGUAAAGUUGUGAUAGUGAUAAUGAAGUAAAAAAUAAAGAAAACCAUUUCUGAAAUCAUAUAGCAUCUAAAUAAAAUAAUAGUUUUCUAUAAAUUUGAUUUUUAAUUGCAAUGAAUAUAACUUAACCAUAAAAAACUCUAAUUUAGAACUUAGAUAAAAUUUCUUUGGUUAUGUUUUAGAAAAUACGCUUGUGAAAACAAAUGGAGUUGAAUUGUAUUGUAGUAAAAAGUUUGUAAAAACAAUAAAAAAUGUGAUAAUUAAUAGAGAAAUACAGUGAAAUAGACAUUAAAAAAGCAUUAGAUGAAUAAUAUAAAGAGAAUACCUAGUUUUAAAUAAAAAACGAUGUCUGAAUCGUCUAAGAUGGGCCUACUUGGCUCAAAAGAAGAAAAUAGUAAGCAGAAAAAUGAUGAGUCUAAUAAAGAAGAAUCUCCCGAACGUUAUGCUCCAUACAGUGCUAAUAGUGAUUCAGAGACUUAUGAUACGGAAGCACUUAGCAUUAUGGAUAUCAAUGAUAUAAUAGGUGUUCAAUCGGAACCAGUUGGUGAUUCUACUCUAGAAAGUGAAUUUGCUGCUUUAUCUGAAAUUAUAACAGACUCCCAAUCAAACUCUAUGGAUAAAAACAUUGAGAAUAAUAGUCUAGAUGUAAAUAAUACAACUUCAAAUGCAACCAAUGAUGAAGAAAUAACAAAAUUAGAUUCAAAAUUGGAUGAAAUUAAUUCUGAUACUACGGAAAAUAAUUCUAGUGCCAAAUCAUCAAACAAUCAAAUCUGUAUUGAUUCUCAAUCAAAUCUGAAUGAUGUAGUUGAACAGUCGAAAAUUUUGGAUGUUAAUAAAGUUGAAGAAAAAGAUUUUUUAGUGGAUAAAAGUAAAGAUAAAAGUGAUGAAGAGAAUAGUGAAAAUAAAACAAGUCAAGACGAACAAAAUGAGGAAAAGGACUCAAUAACAGAUUCAACAGAUAUUAGUGGCAUUAAUAAAAGUCUUCAAUUAAUUGGAGAAGCUUACAUCUCUGAAGAUUCUCAAGAAACAGAUUUGGAUGAAUUACAAAUUGGUAAAGAACCUAAAGUUAUUUUUUCUUGUAAACCUCUGAUAGACAAACAUUCAGGUGAGAAUUUAGAAAAUGAUUCAAUCAACCAAAAGACAAGUUCUACUGAUAGUACUGUAAGCAUAUUAACUUUACAUGAUAAAUCAGUGGCUUCUAGUGAUGAUAGACCUAUGGAAAAUGUAACAUCAACUACAGAUGCAAAAGAUGUUUCAUUAGAAAAUAUUGAUAUCUCAGCUAAUGCUAGUAAAGUAGAUGAUAAUUUACGGGACGAUUCACUACCAGAAGACGAUUGUGAACAAAAUAUUGAUAAAACAGAUGAUAUUGCAAUGACAAUUAACACCGAUAAUUUGGUUGAAGAAAUGAACAGUCUUAUAAAGACAGAAGAUUGUCUUAUAAGUGACCAAAAUGAGCCUCCAUUAGUAGAUAUGCCUGUAAGUAUACCAGAAGAUGUUGAAGAAACAAAAGAUGAUACCGUUGUCAAAGCUGAAAAUAAGAAUAUUGAAAGUGAAGUAGUACAAAAAAAUGAUGUAGAAAAUAUUACUGAUAGUCAAAAUUUGGAAAAUGUAAUAGAUCAAAAAGACACAUAUAAAUGUGUAGAACAAGAAACGACUUCAUUACAGGAACUGUGUCACUCAAAAGAUAAAAAUGAAACAGGUAUUGAAUUAAUUAUGGCGAAAACAGACCGAGGUUUUGAAGAAGAAAUGGAAAUAGACGAGAUAGAAAGCCAAAUCAAACAUGAGAGUGAAAAAAAAUUAGAAGAAACCAAUGAAGAGACUACUUUAAAACAAGAAAUAAUAAGGACAGAAGUAGACAUUAGUCUAGAAUUUAAAAAAAAGUCUUUAGACCAUACAAAUGACAAUAUUGCUGAAAUUAAAACAGAAAAUAAAGUAGAAGAAAUAAAUUCUAUCGGAAAACCCGAAGAAAAUGAACAAGACACAAGGGAAAUAUGUGUAGAGGAGAAGAAUGAUGAAAUUAAGCCUGAAGAAAAUUCAACAUCCUCAGAAUUUUGUUUGCUACCUGAAAAUAUUGAGGAACAACAAUCUGAGAAUUCGGUAGAUAAAACUAAUUUAAACACUGUUUCAGAGAAAAGUAAUGUAACAAAUGAAUUAAAUAAUUUAAAUGAAGAAAAUGAUGGAACAAUUGAUGCUAUAAAUGAAAUCAAUGAAUCAUUACCAAUAAAUCAAGAAAAUUCUACUACAUUAACAGCAGAAAUAAAUUUGCCCGAGUCACCAAAGGCUAAUUUAGACGACGUUACUACUGUACAGAUGCAUAAACAGUUAUUAGAAGGAUCAAUGGAAAUAAAUCAGAAUAAAGAUACGAUAGAACUAACUGAAGAAAUAAGUGAAAAAUCGGAAAAGAAAGUAGAAUUACCUGAAGUUACUGAAAAAGAUGAUGAAGCUCAAGAUGGGUGUAUCUCAAAUUUAAAUGAAAGAGUUCCUUCUCCUAAAGCUUCAGUUAAUGCAGACAGUCUUCUUGAUGAUUUAAAUAAAUUGGACGAUGAUUUUUCUUCAAAAUCUGAAGACUUAUGUAAGAAAUUAGAAGCAAAUUCAACUGAACUUAAAAAUAAUGAUCCUUUGGAUGAACUUUUAGGUCUAGACUUGAUGUCAUCUGAUGCCAAUGAUGACUCAUUAAUCCAAAUAGACAAACCUGAUGAAAACCAACUCGAAUCUGUUGAAUAUAAAGAUGAUUUAACUGUUACUAACAUAAAUGAAAAUCAAUUAGUUCUUCCAAAAUUAGAAAAUAAUCAGAAGCAUGAAAUUUUAGAUAAAGUUCAAGAGACUGGUGAUAAUUCUGAAUCAAUGAAAAUUGAUAUUAAUAAAAUGAAACCAUGUGAGAGUUCAGAAGAACCAAUAAUUGAUGAUGUAAUAAAGGAAAAAAAUACUCCAGAAACAUUUGAACAAAAUAAAAAGUUUGUAGAAGAUAUAGUGAAUCCUUUUGUUAGUGAUUCAGAACAACCAGAGUUAGAUACUUCUUGUGAUCUACAUAAAAAAGAGAAACUUGAAGUACCUAAUGUAACUGAGUCUUUUACAAAUGUAAAUUCUGGUACAGAAAGUCUUCAACUGAUUACAGAAAUAUCUGAAUUAGAGUCAGCAGUUAAAUUUCUUCAAGAAUCUGAAAAACAAGAUACUGUAGUAGUUAGUGAAGAGAGUUCAGUUAAAAAAGAAAAGCCUCAACAUCUUUAUUCUAGCAAUCAAGAAAUGUGUGAAAAUUCGGAAGAACUAGUAGCUGAACUUGAUAACAUAACUAGACAGGAUACAAUAGCAAUAUCAGAAGCUGAAAUUAUUAAUGAAGCAGCUAAAUUAGAAAAUGAGAAAAAACAAUUAAAUGAACCAUUAACUUCAUUGAAUGAGCAGUCAAACUUUACUGAUGAUAAAUCUAAUAAUAAAUUGACGACUUUAGAUUCUUCACUGAUAUCUGUUACUGAUAAAAAAGAACCUCUACAAAUUCCAACUGAUAUUGAAAUAAAGCAAGUGCAAAAUUUAAUUACAACAAAAACAACAAUACCAAAAAUAUCAAUUCUAGAAGAAAGAUUGAAAGAACCACCAAAAAUAGAAAUUCCUAUGACAGAACCAAGAAUAAGUAAUAUUCCAACUUCUCCUAAGACUAGUUUACUUAUUCAACGUGAUUCAAAAAUGACCAACUAUUACAAAAUGUUGGAUUCUCCUAAAAUAUCUAUUGAAAAAACGCGAGAAGAUUUGAAAUCGUCAGAUUCAUUGAAAAAAGAUAGUGAAAAACAUGAUUUUGAAAAUGCAGGGUCACCUAGAAUUAUUUUGAAAAUAGCAAAAUCUGCUAUAACUGAAUGUGGAGAGCCUAGAUCUCCAAAGAGUCCAAAAAUAAGAUCAGCUACAAAUUCUCCAAAUCCUGAAGAUAGUCCAGGACAAAAAUUGGGUAAAAUAAAACUUAAAUUAUCGAAAGGAGGUCAUCCAGCAAUUAUUAAUGAAAAUAGUGAAGAAACAGGUUUACAGUGGCAUACAGAAAGUUCAUCAUCUUUAUCACCAUUAGGUAUGAAAAUUAAACUUUCAAAGACUGGAGAUGCUUCUAUUAUACAGUCGGAAAAAUUUGAUAAUCAAGAGGAUAGACGAUUAGAUUCUCCUCUUGGUAUGAAAAUAAAACUAUCUAAGACAGGUGAUGCUGCUAUAGUUCAACAAGAGAUGAAGGAAACUAAACAUAAAACUGAUUUAAUUCCAGGAUCACCGAAACGAACAGACUCGCCUUUGGGAAUGAAAAUAAAAUUAUUUAAAACCGGUGACGCGUCAAUUCUUCCUUCCGAUUAUGAAGAUGGAAGUAUGGCUAAAAAACCACUUCUUGUUUCAUCAGAAAAAUUGGAAUGUAAAGAAGAUAAUUUAAAAAGAGUUGAUUCUCCAAUGGGUAUGAAAAUUAAACUUUCGAAAAAAGGAGGUAGUGCUUCUAUAAUUUCUCCUGAUGGAAAUUCGGGUGAUAGUAAUAAAGAAAAAUUGGAAAUACCAGAAGUUCCAAAGCGUACAGAGUCUCCUUUAGGAAUGAAAAUUAAACUUUCAAAAACUGGAGAUGCUUCGAUAAUUUAUUCAGAAGUUUCUGAUAAUCAACAAAAUAAUGAACAGUUGGAAUUUAAUGAAACAAUAAGUUCUAAAGAAUCUUCAAGCUUUCAAAGUGAAGAAUGUAAUACAGAGAUAAUGAAAAAACCAGAUUCAUCAAUAGGAGUAAAAAUAAAAUUAUCGAAAGAUGGAGAUGCAACUAUUGUUCAUUCAGAAAAACAAGAUGAGGAUCAGAAAGAUUUUAAACGAAUUGAUUCACCUAUUGGAAUGAAAAUUAAAUUAUCAAAAACUGGAGAUGCUUCGAUUGUUCAACCCCAAACUACAGAAAUAUCUGGAGAUCCUACAACUGUUGAAUCUAUGAAAAUUAAAUUAUCAAAAAGUGGACAUCCAACAAUUGUAUCAAAUGACAACGAAAUAUUGCAAAAUAAGGAGACUUUAGAAAGUCAUGUGAUCUCUCAGAAACAAGAUCAAUUUAUUAAUAAAGGAGAUGUAAUGAUUGAACCUUUUCAUCUGCCUAAAAAGCAAGAAUCAGAAAUUUCUCAUAAACGUAAAGAUACCACCACUGUAUGUUCGGCAGAUGCAAAGAAAAGUAAAUUGGAUAAUCAGUUUAUUCUACCAGAUUUAACGAUUCAACGGGUUGUAGCAAAACGACUAGAUUAUGAACAGGGAAAUACAACAAGUCAAAGAGCUAUUGAUAUGAAUCAAGAAGUUAGUAUAACUCAGAUAAAAAUGAAUCCACCUGUUAAUGAUAAUAGUAUGGGAGAAAAAUUGAAAAGUAUAUUAAUUCAACCACCAAAUCAAAGUAAUUCUACUGAUGAUUGUGAAAUAAUCGAACACCGUCCAGAGUUAAUAAUAGUAAAUGAGAAUUCUAAUUCAAGUCAAGAUAUUAUGAUUAUUGAUGAAGUACCAACAGUAAAAAUUCCUGAAAUUAAAUUGCCUAAAAAACGAGGUAGACCACGUAGAAAUCCACUUGCUUUUCCACCACCUGAAGUACCUCAAGAUCCACUAGCUCUUGAUGAUUCAGCAUCCAUAGAGCCUAGAGAAAAUGAACGGCCUAAAAGAACCUGCAGGAAUCUCAAGAGCUAUGCUCCACCUAAAAGAGGCCGAGGAAGAGGUCGAGGUAAACGAAAAUAUGAACGAAUAGAAACUACAAUAAGCAAAAGACCAAGAUUAGAAAAAAGUUUAACAGAAAUUGAAAAAUCUACUACUGCUUUAAUCACCAUUGAUGAUGAAACACCUUCUGCAGUACAAAAUGAAUCACCAGAGCUCUAUAAAGCUCUUAAACAACCAUCGAAAACUAGUUUAAAGGAAAAAUUGGCUCAGACUCCUGUUAAAUGUACUGUCAAUCUUUCUGACAGCAAUGUCGAUAAUCUUAUAGACUCAAGAGUUGUUACUAGAUUGGAAAAUGAUAAUAUUUUGACCCCAAGGACUAGUCAAGUCCGGGUAGUUGCUGAAAGAUUAACCAGAGCAGCAGAAAACAUCAAAGAAUCUAAAGAGCAUUCUUUCAUUAAUCGAGAUCAAAACUGGCUAACUCCAACAUUAAAAAAACAAGUGGAUAAUAGCAGAAAUGACGGAAUAUCAAUGAUACAAGUUAUCGAUGAAGAAACACGAAUGAGCGCUGAAUGUUUAUCUAGAUCUCAAACUCCGGCAAGAAAUAUUGCAGUAAAUGAAACACCAGUCAAUGAAGAGUCUCAAGGAAGUGUUGUGAGUACUGCUACUACGGAAUCGGAGAAGGUCAAGGUAAAAAAUCGAAGGAUGGAGAUAAAUUUUGAUCCAGAUGAAGGUCCAUUCACUGUUGACAAAAUAGCUGAAUAUGAAUGGCCGCCUGAACGUAAAGGAGAAACAUUUAUGCUUCAGGAACAAAUAUCACAAUAUCUUGGUGUUAAAUCAUUUAAAAGAAAAUAUCCAGAACUGAAACGACGAAUUGUGGAUAUGGAAGAACGUAAUUAUUUAAGAGAAAAUGGACUAGUUAAUGAAUCCAUGUGUGAUAUGGGUCUAACUGCCAUUUGUAGUUCUGAAGUUCUUGACAUUAUGUGUAGUGAUUUUCCUGAUCAUUAUGAAGAAUAUCGAAAGCAUAUGCGUGAAAGACAAAUAAAAGAACAUUCCAAAAAACAAAAAGAAUUAACAGCUGCUGCAACUGCUGAAAAAAAUCGAAUUGAUCUUGCUGAAAUGGCAGUACAAUCUGCAGUAUCAUGGAAUGUAAGUCUUAAUAAAGCUAGAAAAGAAACGAGAAAGUGUAGUUUAGAUCUUCAAACUUUUACUAUUCAUGUACCUAAAAAACAACAAAGGAUCAAUGAAGAAAGUAAAGUUAGCCAUUAUCCAGUGGCUCUUAUUCCUGGACAAUAUACUGAUUAUUAUAGAGAAUAUACACCUGCUGAAUUGAGAUAUUAUCCAUUAAAUACAGUCCUUUAUGGACCAAUGAGACCUAAUGAAAGAAAGUUUGAUAGCCAAUCUGAAGGUUCUCAAAGUGAUAGCGACAGUGAUUCAUCUUCUGAUGAUUCCAGCAGUUGCUCAUCAAGCGAAGGAACACAAGAUACAGAAGAGUCUCAGUCCACGAUGGAAGAUGUAGAUAUAGAAUUGUCGAAUCAAAAAGAUAAAUCGUUAAGAUGUAAAAUGUGCUUAAAAAAUUUGAAUAAGAAUUCUAAACAAGAGGUUUUAAUUCAAUGUGGUACCUGCCAUGGACAUGUGCAUCCGUCCUGUAUAGAUUUGACUCUAGAUAUGGUUCCCCAUAUUCAAGCAUAUGCUUGGCAAUGCACAGAUUGUAAAACUUGUGUACAAUGUCAUGAUCCUGCUGAUGAAGAUAAAAUGCUCUUCUGUGAUAUGUGCGAUAGAGGAUACCACAUUUACUGUGUUGGAUUGAGAAGAGUGCCACAAGGCCGAUGGCAUUGUCAAGAGUGUGCAAUUUGUGCAAGUUGUGGCUCAAGAGAAGCUGGUGGUGUUAAUGCUGAAAGAAACAGCGUAGCACAAUGGCAACAUGAGUACAAAAAAGGUGACAAAAACACUCGAGUUUAUGUGUCCACACUCUGUGUUCCUUGCUCUAAGCUAUGGCGAAAAGGUCGUUAUUGCCCACUCUGCAGUCGAUGUCAUACUGUCCAAAGGCUCGACCUGGAAGAAAAUCUAGUGCACUGCAGUGCAUGCGACAAAUAUCUGCACUUAGAGUGUGUGGAGAACAAGGAUCUGAUAAUCGAUAAGAAAAAUUAUCAGUGUGAAAUUUGCAUGCAAAAUCGUCAACGAACAACUAAAACUUCAUCAUCCAAAGCCAUUAGAGCAUAAAUAAAAAUUUUAAUGAUUUAUAACAUCUA